ACCAUGCGAUCUGAUGCAGUCAAACUAUCACCAGAUGACUAUAAAUAUAUUAUGCAAUACAAAGAUGCAAAAUCCAAACCUUUAGAGAUGCUUAGAGAUAAAUAUCCUAUGUCCAAUACUCCUGAUUCGGAAAGUGAUAUUUCAAUACCUAUAGUUGUGGAAGAGACAAAAAAGAGAAAAUCCAAGUUCAAGUCUGCGCGUAUUUCUGAUCAAUACUCUAUUAGUAAAGAUUCGACUGAAAAGAUAGACAAAAUAUCAGAAGCAAAAAAAGAAACUAUACCACCUGAAGCCUCACAAAAAACUGAAGAUCCUUUAGAAUUCUAUAAGAGAACACAAGAGGAGGCUAAAAAGAUAAGAGCUGUUGUACGUGCUGAUAUUUCUAAACUAUCUGCUCCUAUUUCAAAAGCUUAG